AUGAAUACCAAUAAUAUAAAAGAUGAUGAAAUAGUAAAUUACAAAAAAAAGAAAAUCAUUGACUCUUACAACAAAGAUGACGAUAACAAUGAAAAGAGUUAUUUAGUCAUUAAAAACAUUCAAGAUCAAGCAACUUCAACUACUACAACAAAUUUAAUACAAUCGGAAGAAAAAAAGAAGAAAAAGAAAAAGAAAAAGAAUAAAAAGAUACAAAAGGAAACUUUAGCAACUGAUGAUGAACCUGAACAAAAAAUAAACUAUGGUAAUGUUGUAGAUGUAAAGGUUGAUACCUCUAAACCAUGGACUGAAGAUACUGUUGGUCAAUUCCUAUCUGAUGCUGGGUUUGUAAGAGGUUCAGGAAACACUCCAAGAAACAAAGCAGAUAUCACUCCAAUAUACAUUAAAUUUGCAUCAAAGUUAUUGUCAAUGUUAUCAAAAGAUGGCGGUAAAUUAUUAUGUCUGGAACUGACAGGAAAUGGAAUGAACGACUUGGACAAUGCAUUCAACUUGAUUGGAUCCAGAGCUGUCCUACAACCAAGUCUACCACCUUCAUUUUAUAAGAUGGCAUCGUACCUUGUAGUGGCUGCAUAUAUCCAAUCUACCUACCAUCAAUACUAUGGCCUAGCAGAUCAACAAUUAAAAGUUGUAUGGGACAAGACCAAUUUGAUACAAUACCUACAAACAAACACAAUUAGACAAUACUCUACCACCAAACAUCCAGCAACACCAUCAAAUCUCAAAAGAAUCAACAAAAUUGCUACUUUGAUUACCUUGUUUAUCAUCAAAAACUCAAAUAUCAUUCCUACGCACAAUCCAUACGAUAAAACUUUGACUGUUGAUUCUGCAAUUGAUUAUAUGGGUCGUAUGGCUAUACAAGAAUGGAAAACACAAGCCAUGUGGACAAGAUAUAUGAAAAGGUUAGUUCUUUCUGUUACAAUCAUUGCAUUUGAGACAGGUGUCCAGGAAUUUGUGUACCCUCCAUUGAUCGAUGGUUGCUUGAAACAAGAGAUAUUGAAUAAUUUAGAAUUCCCUCAUUUUAAUUUGGAUGCUUAUAAUAUUGAUUUCGUCAACAAAGUUGAUCAAGUACCAAUCAAUGAUAAUGAUCAACAAUCUUCUUCUUCAACUACUUCAACUUCUUCAACUUCAACCUCAACUACUAAAGUAUCUAAUAUUAUCUUUAAUUUACCAAAGGAAAAUAGAAUAAGAAAUGUUAAUAUUCCUGUUAUACAACCUGGGGAAAUUUUUGAAGGAAUCAAUGAUGAACACAACUUCAAAUACAACUAUGGUAAUGUAGUUGAUGUAGAGGGUGUUGAUACCUCUAAACCAUGGGAUGAAGCUAUACUAGGACAAUACCUCAAACAUGCUGGUUUUGUUAGAGGUUCAUGCAAUACUUCAAGUAACAAGGCUGAUGAACCUCUUCUUUUCGUUGCUUUUUCCAACAAGUUGGCUAUUCAACCAGACCCAGACAAAUAUUUAAAACUAUGA